AUGUACACAGUUCUUGAGGUGCUAAUUGCAGAUCACAAUCUUUUUCCUUUUGAUAGAACAAGAAGAAUUGCACUUCUCAAGAUUCCAUAUAGAGAACAAGAUGACAAUAUCUUUACAUCAAGAUUAAUCAAGAUGUUAAAGAUUUUAUAUUACAUCAAUCGUAAAUUAAAAAGGAAUAUAGAGCUAAUUAAUAAAAUAGAAGAUAAUACACUUAACAAUAUAUCAACAUUUUCAAAUCAUGAACUUGAAAUUAUCAAAACACAUGAUAGUGAAUGA